CCCGCAGCGGCCACCGCUCCAGUACUCUCCCCUCCCCUCGCCUCCGCCGAUGGCGUCCCACCUUCUCCUCCGCCUCCCCGCCCCUCCGCCGCGGGCUCUCGUCCUGCGGCUCCCGCGCCUGCGCGUGCCCUCGCCACCGAGCAGCGCGGCCCCCUCGGCUCCGCUGCUGCUCGGGGCCCGCGUCAUCCUCUCCUCGGCCUCUGCCAUCCAGCCGGCCCGGGCGAGGGGGUCCUCGAUCGGCGGCGCUGGGGAGGAGGACUCGGACGGCGAGGCGGACGGGGGCCCGCCCCUCGUUGGGGAGGACUCGGCGGUGUUCCGGCUGGGCGACCAGCGGGUGGCGUCGUGGGUCUACUUCAGCGGGAUACUCGCCGUCGUGCUGUGGGGGCUCAACGUUCUCUGGAUCGACCCGGCCACCGGGGUCGGGACUAGGUUCCUCGAGGCGGUCGCCGCGGUCUCCGACAGCCACGAGGUCACUAUGCUUCUGCUUACCAUCAUUUUUGCUAUCGUCCAUAGCGGUAUGGCAAGCUUACGUGAAAAUGGUGAGAGAAUGGUGGGGGCACGAGCUUACCGUGUAAUGUUUGCUGCAAUCUCACUGCCUUUAGCAGUUAGUACUGUUGUCUAUUUUAUAAAUCAUCGGUAUGAUGGUAUUCAGCUAUGGCAAGUUCAGGGUAUUUCAGGCAUUCAUGAGCUUGUUUGGAUCUCAUCUUUCAUCUCUUUCUUCUUUCUGUAUCCAUCUACUUUCAAUCUAUUAGAAGUGGCAGCUGUGGACAAGCCAAAGUUCCACAUGUGGGAAACUGGAAUAAUGCGCAUUACCAGACAUCCACAGAUGGUUGGACAGGUAAUUUGGUGCUUAGUCCACACAUUGUGGAUUGGCAACUCAGUAGCAGUUGCAGCCUCCGUUGGAUUAAUUGGUCACCAUCUGUUUGGCGUUUGGAAUGGUGAUAAGAGGCUGGCAUUACGCUAUGGUGAAGCCUUUGAAAUUCUGAAAAACAGAACAAGUGUUGUGCCUUUUGCUGCAAUCAUUGAUGGAAGACAGAAACUACCCAAAGAUUAUUACAAGGAGUUCAUUCGGUUACCAUAUAUCGCAAUCACUGCAUUAACUUUGGGAGCAUACUUUGCCCAUCCCUUAAUGCAAGCAUCCAGCUACAAGCUUCCUUGGUGAUUGAUGUACAUAUAACAUCCCGAUCAUUGCAAACAAUGUCCACAAAAGAACACACGAUACAGAAAUAGUGAUUAUGCAAUAUGUACUUUGAUAGACAUGAUGAACUUGCACUCGUUAUUGUAACGCUGGCCUGCUCACACUUCUUGUGGCUAACAAAAGAGUACCCAGGUUGAUGUAUAUGAGAGUUCCAAGCAUUCAAGAUGUAGAUGACCGGUUACUGUGCUUCAGAAAACAUUUUACUGUGCAUAUGGAGAAAAUUGUGGAAACUAUUGGAUAUUGUGUGGGAUUUUCCAGUUAACACUUUUUGGAGGAUUAACUGCAAGAAGGUUGUAAUCUUUAGGUUAAUACUAAUUUGCACUGGGUUUAAUUUGGGUGAUCAAUGUUGACAAGUUGUACGGCAUUGCUGGACCCUGAGAUACUAAUGUUGUGUCUUGUUUCUGAGGAUUGGAUGGGUGGGUUAGGCCCAUCAUUGUUAUUUCA